AUGUUGGCACGCAACAUCGCUAAAGCCAGGAGCUUACGUCCUGUUGGUAGUGUUCGCUUCAACUCGACUGACCAGCCGCUCUAUUUGAACCCUCACAAGUGGGAAGGCUUACCAGCCGACCGGAUCUUUGAAUUGCACGAGUUGAGAAAAACUGCCCUUGGCGACAAGUAUGUGCCAAACGACGCUGAAAGAAAUGCCAUCUUGUCCACAUUCGAGUCAUUGAGAGCUCCUAAGCCUACAUUGGCGUACGGUUACGAGAUUGACAACUUCAAAGAAAGAAUGAUGAACAACACUCCUUCGAAAUUGAAAGGUCUUCCUCCUAAGUUGAGCAACAUCAGAGUGUUCGAUAGAGGUGCAACGCCUCAUGAAGAAAGAAAAAUCGAACAAAUGCAUAGAAUUUCCGCAUACGAAAUGCCUUUGUUGGCCAAAUUUCGACAAGAAUACAAACCAGCUUCAGACAAAGAGGCACCUCUUCGUUUGACGUUCAACACUGAUUUUUCCGAAAAGCACAACUCGGACAAUAGAAAAGUCACCCUUGAAGUUAAGCUCAAAGACUUGGACCUUAACGACAAGCAGGCUGUCAAGUUCAAGCUUUUGUCUGGAAACAAAUUCAAUCACAACACCAAUACUCUCAAGUUCUCCACAGAUCGCUUUUCUGAGUCAACUCAGAAUGCACGCUGGUUAGUGGAGACCUUCAAUAAGUUGUUGACUGAGUCCAAGGACCUCACAAAGAAUACCUUCGAUGGUGUUCCUGUUGAUAAAAGACACACGAAACCUGGUAAACAACAACCACGCUUUCCGGAUGAUUGGAAGAGGCCACAGGACGCACCAGUAGAGAGACAUCGGAUUGUUAGAAGAUUGACAGAAGCAGUGAAGGACUUGAAGGACAAAGAGUACAUUAGUAACCUUUCCCCAUAA